UUUCUUUCGAGGCAAAAGCAUAGAAAGAGAGGGGGCCACUGAGAUUUGAUUGGCUGAGGAAGGCAGAGCCAAAAACACUGUGGCCAGGAAACGGCUCGAAUUUCGGGGGACGUAAGGAGAAAAAAUCUAGUAAACCUGACAAAGCGUCUGAGAACAGUACUAGGAUUGUCUGGGAAGAAGACGCUCUGCCGCGAGGGAUCAUAUAUUGAUGGAUUCUAUGUUUUUGGAGAGUUUAUGUUCUUUUUUUACACAUUAGUUCAUCAUAAAUUGCAAACCUUUCGUUUGGAUGAAGAGUGCGCUCGCUCUGAAACACUGACAUUUGAGUUGACUAGCAACUUGGUGAAGAAGUUUCAGGGACGUAGCUAUGUUUUUCUAGGUAUUUUUCAAGGAUAUGGAUUUAAAUUCAGAUUUUUUUUUAAAGUGCAAUGGAACAACAAUGACUUCGUGAUUUAAUAAUACAUUUUCAGUGAUUUUAUUUGUUGCUCGUCCAAUUUGGGGAAGGUAAAAAAAAUCGCUGCUUGGCAUUUUUGGUGCAGUGGGGUGAAUUUGCUCCAUCGGGACUAGGCUACACAUUCCUCUCGAUUCGGCCCAUGCACUCGCCUCCUGCCUUGUCCAUGCAUGCGAAUCUGAGUUCUUCCAGACUUUAGGUAGUUAUUCGUUCCUUUCCUCAGCCCAGGUGAUUGGGGGAAUUCACAGUGAGUGACAGGCCGGACAGCCUGCAGUUGAUGGUUGGGUGGAGCCCCUCAGAUGGGAUCAGUGUCCAGGGGGAGGCAGAGCCUGAGGAGGGGGGGAUGGGGGACGGACUCACCCUCCACUAACGGGAUGGCCUCGUGGGCCUGGCUGCUCGCCACCAUCCUGCUGUCCCUAGCAACGGCUACUUUGGCAAGGCCGCCGUACACUGCCGCUGAGGAAGAGGAGGCUACGCUAGAACCUGAAGAGCCUCCGACCAAAUACCAAAUCUCUAAGCCCACCGUGUGCUCGGUGCACCCGGGGGAACUGCUGAAGCUCAGCUGCCUUCUGGCCGGGGAGCCCGGAGCCAUCACCUGGACUAAGGAUGGUUCCACUCUGGGGGCCAACAACCGCACCCUGAUAGAACAGGAGGUUCUGCAGAUCCGCGACGCCACGCCCAAGGACUCUGGGCUGUACGCGUGCAGCACUGUGGGCCCGCAGGGCAGCGACACGCUCUGCUUCAUAGUGAACGUCACAGAUGCCAUCUCGUCUGGGGACGAUGAGGACGACACAGAACGAUCGGAGGACGUGGGGGCGGACGGAGAGCAGAUAAGGGCGCCCUAUUGGACGAUGUUGGAGAAGAUGGAAAAGAGGCUGCACGCGGUGCCUGCUGCCAACACAGUCAAGUUCCGCUGUGCUGCCGGGGGCAACCCACGUCCUAAGAUGCGCUGGCUGAAGAACAGCCGACCAUUCCGACAGGAGGACCGCAUGGGCGGGUAUAAGGUGCGUCACCAGCACUGGACCCUGAUUAUGGAGAGUGUGGUGCCGUCAGACAAGGGCAACUACACUUGCCUGGUGGAGAACGCAUACGGCGCCAUCAAUCACACCUACACCCUGGAUGUAGUGGAACGGUCCCCCCAUCGGCCCAUUCUCCAAGCAGGGCUGCCAGCCAACACCAGUGUGCAAGUGGGGGAGGACGCACGCUUCGUGUGUAAGGUGUACAGCGACGCUCAGCCCCACAUCCAGUGGCUGCAGCACAUCCAGAAGAAUGGUAGUCGCACUGGCCCAGACGGACACUCCUACGUCCGCGUCCUAAAGACCGCAGGUGUUAACACCACGGACAAGGAGAUUGAAGUCCUCUACCUCCCCAAUGUCACUUACGAGGAUGCUGGGGAGUAUACGUGCUUGGCGGGAAAUUCUAUUGGGAUCUCCUAUCACACUGCUUGGUUGACGGUGCUUCCAGCCAGUAACGAAGAGACGGUGACGGGUCUGAUGUCACCUGACUACGUGGAGAUAGCCAUCUACUGCAUCGGGGUGUUCUUGAUCGCCUGUAUGGUGGUCAUCGUGGUGGUGUGCCGGAUGAGGAAUACGGCUAAGAAGCCUGACUUUGGGAAUCAGCCAGCGGUCCACAAACUCAGCAAGCAGAUACCUCUGCGCCGCCAGGUAACAGUGUCAAAUGACUCCAGCUCCUCGAUGAACUCCAGCACUCCAUUGGUCCGCAUCACCACACGACGCAGCUCGGCUGGCCACGACGACCCCAUUCCAGAGUAUGACCUCCCCGAGGACCCACGCUGGGAGUUCUCCAGAGACAGGUUGACUCUGGGCAAGCCGCUGGGCGAGGGCUGCUUUGGCCAGGUGGUGAUGGCUGAAGCGUUAGGCAUCGAUAAGGACAAGCCGAAGGAGGCCAUCACAGUGGCCGUGAAGAUGCUGAAAGAUGAUGCUACAGAGAAAGACCUGUCUGACCUUGUGUCAGAGAUGGAGAUGAUGAAGAUGAUUGGGAAACACAAGAACAUCAUCAACCUACUAGGGGCCUGUACACAAGAUGGCCCUCUGUAUGUGAUAGUGGAGUAUGCCUCUAAAGGGAACCUGAGGGAGUACCUACGUGCCCGCAGGCCCCCGGGCAUGGAGUACUCCUACGAUAUUAACCGCUGCUCAGACGAACAGCUCGCCUUCAAGGACCUGGUCUCCUGUACCUACCAGGUGGCACGGGGCAUGGAAUAUCUGGCCUCGCAAAAGUGUAUACAUAGAGAUCUAGCAGCGAGGAACGUUCUGGUCACAGAGAGCAACUUUAUGAAGAUUGCAGACUUUGGCCUGGCCAGGGAUGUCCACAACAUUGAUUACUAUAAAAAGACAACUAACGGUCGUCUCCCGGUGAAGUGGAUGGCUCCUGAGGCGCUCUUCGACCGUGUGUACACUCACCAGAGUGAUGUCUGGUCAUUUGGGGUGCUAAUGUGGGAGAUCUUCACCCUGGGGGGUUCUCCGUACCCCGGCAUCCCCGUAGAAGAGCUCUUCAAGCUGCUGAAAGAGGGCCAUCGCAUGGACAAGCCUGGCAACUGCACCAACGAGCUGUACAUGAUGAUGAAAGACUGUUGGCAUGCCAUUUCCUCCCAUCGGCCCACCUUCAAGCAGUUGGUGGAGGAUCUAGACCGUAUCCUGACCCUGGUCACCAAUGAGGAGUAUCUGGACCUGUGUGCCCCAGCGGAGCAGUAUUCUCCCAGCUUCCAGGACACACGCAGUUCCUGUUCCUCCGGUGAUGACUCUGUGUUCUCCCAUGACCCCUUACCAGAAGAGCCCUGCCUCCCAAAGUACCAGCACAUCAAUGGGGGCGUCAAAACAUGAGGCCUCCCCUCCUCAAUCCCUCCAUCGAGCCUGACCUGCCCCUCACCCUUACACCCCCCCCCAAGAGACACUUCCAUAGAGAGAAACUGAGAUAUACCCCCACUACUAACCCCCUCAAACCACAAACCUCCUGCCCCCCAACCCCUCUCUAGCUCCCAAUGGACUUUAUUUUAAAAAAAUGUAGUUCACUUUUAUUCAACCAGGUAGGCCAGUUGAGAACAAGUUCUCAUUUACAACUGCGACCUGGCCAAGAUAAAGCAAGGCAGUGCGACAAAAACAAACAAUACAGAGUUACACAUAAACAUACGUACAGUCAAAAACACAAUAGAAAAAAUCUAUGUACAGUGUGUGCAAAGACAGAGUGUGCAAAGGACUAACGGACUGGAUGAGACUGGGCUGGUGGCAGCGAGGCUGUUAGAACUGAACACAUUCACCCACGUUCAUACCCAUGUUCAAGGUCUUAAGGAGAGGACAAUUUGUGCGUUCCAUGAUUCCAUUCCAUUGACUGCCAUUCUAAGACUUUAGUUUGUGCCCAGAGGGAAAAUAUGGACCAUAAUGAACUGAAAAAACAAGGGACUCAAAAAGAGGACAGCAAAAUAGGAAGG